UGUCCCCACGACUUCCCCCACAUCCGCCUGGUCACCCACCUGCAGCAGGGGCACAGCCCUGUGUCUCCAGGAUCUACUACUUCCCAAGCAAGGACCCCGGGAGCCCAGCCGUCACUCACACUCAAGUGAGAAUUAGCUGGCCAGACUUUGCUAAGCUCAGGGGCACCUGCCAAGCCCGCGGGCAGAUGCUGGGCAAGCGGGGCACAAGGCCAAGGGCCCCUCCGCCCACCACCCGGGAGUCGGGCCCCAGUGGGAACGAAGACACCCCGAAUUGAGAGUCUCCAGACCCCAGUGGCUGCUCACCGGGUAGAAGACUGGCGGCUGCAGGAUGAAGGUGUCAGGAAGUGGGUCCAGUUUUUCCCCAGAACCAGUGGGAUCCCAAGCGUUGGUCCAGGUCUCGCCAAAGCAGCCAAAGCAGGGGCCGCCAAAACUGGGCAGAAGCCUCCAGAAGGGGGAGAAGCCCGGGGUUAACGUGGAGACCGCACCCACCCAGAAGAGAACUGUGUCCAGCUUGUCCCUGAAGUCGGAGACCCCAGGCCAGUUAACAAAGCCAGCGGGCAAGGGCAAACCAAGACCCCAACCUGGAGACCUGAUUGAGAUUUUUCGGAUCGGCUAUGAGCACUGGGCCAUCUACGUGGAGGACGACCGUGUGGUCCACCUGGCGCCCCCGAGUGAGGAAGUGGAGGCCGGCAGCAUCACCUCCAUCUUCAGCAACCGGGCUGUGGUGAAGUACAGUCGUCUGCAGGACGUGCUGCAAGGCUGCUCCUGGAAGGUCAACAACAAGCUGGACGGGACGUACCUGCCCCUGCCCGUGGACAAGAUCAUCCAGCGCACAAAACAGAUGAUCGACAGGACGGUGCAGUACAGUCUGAUCGAAGGCAACUGUGAGCACUUCGUCAACGACCUCCGCUACGGCGUGCCCAGGAGUCAGCAGGUGGAGCUCGCCCUGAUGCAAGGCAUGAAGGCUGCGGGAGCCAUGAUCUCGGCUGUCGUGGAGAGCAUGAGGCCCAAACCAGCAACCGGCUGAAAACACCAAGCAGAGGACCAGCUCCCGGCGUCCACAGGGAGACUGACCAUUCCUCCUUUCUCCUUUCAGUGGCCCCUAAGAAAACUGUGAGCUUCUGGAAGAGCCUAGAAUGUAUCCAAUUACCCCUUAAGAAACACACCCAAUAUAUGUGAUUAGAUCCAUGGACUCUCAGGGUGGGAAGAAUCUAAUUUAUUAUGCAACUGUUAGGCACCAGGUACUGUGCGAGGCAUUUUCUACACUAACUGGGUCGUUCUACUCUCUUCAUAGGAAAGGGUCUUACUUGUUUCUUAGGCUGAACCUAAUCUGUGAUGCUUGAAUACCGUCUGAUACACCCUGCAAACCUCUGUUGGAAUGUCCCCAGUAAUGAAGAACUCUUUUCUGGAGCUCUUUUUAUUGAACUAAAAUGUCUGUAGCUUUUCUGGAUUGUCCUGGUCCUGCCCUAACUGACCCACAGUGUGGAUCGAAGGAGGCGGAAUCUAAGAAAGCCUCUAGCUCACCACUCAGGGCCA